GCGUCGUCUCCUCUGCUCUCGUUGGCGACUCAUUCGCGUGUCGGCGUGGGCGUCACUGCCACGACGCCGGUGCUUUAACGGGUGCCCCGCGAGGGACCCGAUAAGGCUCGCCUCGUCCGGCUCUGGCUUCUUCUACCUAUAAAGAAACAAACGGGAAGCAGCUAGAAUCGUCGCAAGGAACAGCGCCGAAUCCACCCCCAAAUCUGGCACUGCCGGCCUGCCCGCCACGCUGGGAUCUUUCCUUUUUCCUCAGCCGAUCGGUCAACGCGACGCGAGCAAGAAUAUCGCGUUAUCGCCUGCCAUCUCUCGAGGUUUCCGUAAACCCGGCCUCCCUCUUGCAGGUGUCAACGACCAUUUGCUUCUUUCGACCCCUCUUUGCAGUGAAGGAUUUGGGAUUUGGAAGACUUGGAUUGCACAUCAGUUUCCUGCCUUGGAAUAUUUGGUAGCUGGUUGGACUCGGUGAUUCUAUAGUUCUGGUUCAAGGAACUUCUUUGUGAGGUUUCCUUGGAUUAUGGGAGCCUUCUGUUCAUGUCUGCAGGCUGAUCAUUCCGAUCACCAUGGGAACAACACGUCUUCAGCGUUUAGGAACUGCAUGUGCCUCGGAUGUUUUACCCAGCAGUUGAUCAAUGCGUACACUGUUUUAUUCCGAGGUGGAGAGGUGCAUGCUGUUUCUCAGGCUAUAGAAGCCACUCCAGUUGAUUCAACUGAAAGUUCCUUUGAUACAUAUUGCUCACCCCCAAGACCGCUGGCCUACGAUGAUCCACGAUUUUCCCCUCGAUUUUCCCCUCCUGUUUGUGACUUGUUUGCAUUGAGGCGUGACACCUCAAGCCAAUCCCCAGAGGAAUCGGAACCACUUAGAGCUAAUGAUGAUGUGGAAAUGGAAACACCAAGCACAAUAGACAAGUCAAGUAAAACAAACUAUGAUACAAAAAUGAAAAGAUGCAGCUCUGCAUAUGGAGGGAGGCUGCCACCAACAAAGGAACAUGAAAGUUACUUCACCUACUUCUCCCCAUCUGCUGAAGAUGAAGAUGUCUGCCCAACGUGUCUUGAAGAUUAUACUUCUGAGAAUCCUAGGAUAGUAAUGCAGUGCUCACACCAUUUCCACCUUGGCUGUAUUUAUGAGUGGAUGGAAAGAAGUGAAGCAUGCCCUGUUUGUGGCAAGAAAAUGGAGUUCGAUGAGACAACUUAAUCCUCUGGCUGGACUUGAAACAUUGGAUUAACAACCUCUCAUAUGGUAGUAGCCCAGCAAAUUCUCUGUAUAUACGCCCUGUAAGUAAUGAAUCAGUAGUGUGCUCCUCUUCGCCACACCGGUGUUCUUGAAAUGCUGGAACGGUGCACAUAAACAUUCUUUUUAUUUUCUUUCAAAUAGACAGCAGGGGAAAGUUUUCCCCUUUUGUCUGUCUGGGCCCCUGCGUUGCUGAGACUCGGAGGCGCCUUGAUCUUCUGGUGAUAGUUUCACCAGAAAGCUGUAAAAUUAACUACCUUUGUUCAUAUAAUCAUAUGAAAUCCCGUGGUUCUGGGGUA